AUGCUGGCAGUCUCGAAACCUCGGCCAGUCAAGCAGCGGGUCCUAAAGCGCCAACCACCUGGCGGAUGCAGUCAGUCACUACUCGCAGUGGCCCGCAACUGUCGGGAAUGCGGGGAACGGCUGACAGCACUUGAAGGGGCCUUGCACCUGUGCCCGGCUAUCUUCGAGUGGACAUUCCCAGCUGAAACCCUGGGCAGCGCACCAAGUGCGGAGGGUCCUUGCCGAUUAGUCCGGUUGGGUGCAAAUGCUCGGAAGGGCGCUGCAGACGCAAAGCUCGUGGAGCUUUGGGAAAACAUCCGCAAAACACAGCUCUCGCACAUCUUGGAACUGCCGUCAACAGAGCAAUUGGCAAGCCAGAGUGCUAGUAUCUUGCUCGCUUUGCGUGGCAAGGAUGUUCUUGCACUGCUGAGUGCAGAGCGCAUCACUGCAGACAAGCUCGGUCGACCUUUCUUAGCCUCAAGAGCAACGCAAACACAACCGAUGUUGCAAUCUCAGAAGACUGAGCCUCUUCUUGGUGUGGCGUUGCUCUGGACGCGACGCCGCGAGCGGCGACGUGGCCUUGCAGUCGCGCUGGUGGACCGUGCGCGGCAGCUGCUCGCUCCCGGCAGCCGGGUUGCUUUCUCUCAACCGACCGAGCUUGGCCAAGCCUUUGCCCGGCAAUAUGUGCAGAGGAUGAGUGAACAGGAAGAGAGCAGCGUCUUGGUCUAUGUAAUGCGCGGCAUCAAGAUCGUGCUACUGAGGCUGUUAGUGUGCUAUCUUGCAGCCGGUCAAGGUGAUGAUGAUCAGCCCCUGACACCCAGGGAGAUCUUCUUCGCUUUGCCGCCUGCCAUCCUUGUGCGGACGUUGGUUUCGAACCUGGAUGCGUCGCGAUGGAGCAUCUACGAGCGAUUCACGCUGGAGGUUAUUGGCGAACGCUUGAAGAGCGGUUUGGCUGGUGGUCGUCCACUCAUCGUCGAGGGUGAGGUGUGCGAUUCGUCGAUGACGCUGGCCGGAGCACUAGAAGGCUUCGUCCCAGCGGCAGACACUUUCACGGCUCCCGAAGAAGAGCUGACGGAGCUCUCGGAGGUUUGGCGCUUCCCGGGUCUGCGGCUCACGACAGGAGGUGUCUUCAGUGCCUGCUGGUGCCGGCCGGAAGGCCAGAGGCGGCCGGAUCAGACAGAGACGCCUGCGAUGCGAGUCUGCGAGCCUGCUGUAGGCGGGCUUCUUCAUGUGGUCGGCCCUCUGGAACUUGUUGGCAAGGAUGAGAGCCCGCCUGAGCAGGAUCCGGAAAGUCCUCGAGCACCUUACGUACUUGAUCGAUUUCUUUUGAAUGUGCUGGGCUACUCCUUGGAGGUCGACUACGAUCGCAUUCGCGUGGUGGAUGAAGACGUAAUGUGCGGCGGUCCCGGCUCCUCGGUGUCGAGUCAGGCCUUCCUGGGCCCGGGUGUGGGCACGACAGCAGCAUCUGUCAAGCCGGGGAUCCAGGUGAUUGCAUCAUUGGGGCAACCAAGCACCGUGGGCCAGCUCGAGGUCCAGGAUGCACAAGGCUAUCAUCCUGAGCUCAGGGCGCCCUUGGAAGAAGGGGUGGACCCCACCGGUGAGAAUGCUUCAUUGAUCUGGUCGGAUCUGGCGACCACGACUGCCGGCACGUACCGGGUCUGCUGGUGUUCUGCUCUGAGGACAAACAAUGCAGGGGAGAAUCCGGUUGACCUGACCGACUUGUUUCCCUACCCUCCUGGAGAGGUUAACCUGACGAAUGCGACCAAUGACUCGAAUUUCACCGGAUGGGAUUACGAAUUCUCUUGGGAGGACUAUGGCGUGGUGUUUCAGCGGCAGCUGGCGGCAGCUGGAGCUGAUUCGGCAGGCGGCAACCGAACCAACGAGACCAACCUGACCGAAAGCGAUGGCGAUGAUAUGGAUGACAACGACACCAACUACAGCAAUGAAAGCAUGCUGCCCAUGGACGGCCCCGACAAUCAGAUGCCGAUGACGACGAUGGAAGACAUGCCGGAGAAUGUUUCAGCACCUCUCUGCAGUUCCGAUGCGAUGUUCAACCUCGACCUGGGCAAUUUCUCCAUCGCCGGACCCACGGCUUUGGAGGUCAUUGGAGGCGAGGGCUUUGAUCGGCGAAAAGUUCAGGUUGGGACGAACUUCUCCUUGAAAGUGCUCGGCUUUGGCCUCGGCGACGGCAACUCGCAGAGGCUUCGCUUGGUGCUGGCACCCCUCCAGUGUGGUCAAGAGGGGACCUUCAAUGGCACGGACCAUCUGCUGGGCCAGCUUGCCGAGGACCCGGAUGCACCUGGCACUGGUGAAGACCCCAACUUCGCCCAGACGUGGGGUCCUCUGAUUCUCUCGCGGAGUGGUCAGUACUAUGUCUGCCUUUGCUCGGGCAGAGGAAGGACAUGUUCCAGCGACAUCGACUUUCAGGUGGAGAUCGGCAGUGUCUUUGCUUUCUGGCCUGACCUGCGCUUGGAAAGAUCUGGGGGCUUUGAGCUGAGAGUUGUGCCGCAUGUGGUCUUCUCGCUGGAUUUGAUCGGACCCCAGCUCUCGGAGGAGGACCGCGUGCGGAUUGUGGACUACGACUUGGAAUGUGGGCACCCUGGGUCGGAAUACCACACGGAUGCGCUGCCGCACACUUAG